CCAAUUAAGAAAGCAAAGAAGAAACAACAUAGCAAAGAAAAACUUGCACUACUAGACAUAACAAACAACAAAAAAUAUCAUACUAGGUAGGUUCACAGUGUUUAGUCACAUAUGUAUAACUCCACGCGUAUACACAAUUGUUCCUUAACAAUCCACCAUUUUCAACGUGUCACACUCUUGUUUUGCAUGCCACCUUGUCUUUAAUUAACCAAGUCAACAAUCUUCUCGUAGCUUCUCCUCUUUUUAUGACUCACUCUUUUCGAUUUUUCUCUAAUUGCUCUGUUUUUCUUCUUCUCAGCAAAAACAUGUUUUCCAACUUUCUUUCAUGUUGGCCAUGGUUGUUGUUGUUGCUGAGUUUGCACGGUUCAGUUGCAAGACAGAACCGUUUUGAGUGGGAACCGGUUAUUAGAUUACCGGGUGAGCCGGAUGAACCGGUUGAUGCUGACGUGGAUGAAGUUGAAGGAACUCGAUGGGCGGUUCUUGUUGCUGGUUCAAGUGGUUACGGCAAUUACAGACACCAAGCAGAUGUGUGUCAUGCAUACCAGGUUUUGAUAAAAGGAGGAGUGAAAGAAGAAAACAUCGUGGUGUUUAUGUACGAUGAUAUUGCUGAUAGCGAGAUGAAUCCUAGACCUGGAGUUAUCAUCAACCACCCACAGGGACCCAAUGUUUAUGUCGGCGUUCCUAAGGAUUACACUGGCGACGACGUGACAGCUGAGAAUCUAUAUGCUGUUAUUCUUGGAGACAAGAGUAAAGUAAAGGGUGGAAGUGGCAAGGUGAUCAACAGUAAAGCCGAGGACAGAAUAUUUAUAUACUACUCUGAUCAUGGAGGCCCCGGAGUUCUUGGGAUGCCAAAUAUGCCGUAUGUAUAUGCUAUGGAUUUCAUCGAUGUUUUGAGGAAGAAGCAUGCAUCUAAAGGUUAUAAAAAGAUGGUUAUAUACAUUGAAGCUUGUGAAAGUGGUAGCAUGUUCGAAGGUGUAAUGCCUAAGGAUCUUGAUAUUUAUGUGACAACUGCAUCCAAUGCACAAGAGAGCAGUUGGGGAACUUACUGUCCUGGGGUGGAUCCUGCUCCACCUCCCGAGUACAUCACUUGCCUCGGAGAUUUGUAUAGUGUUGCUUGGAUGGAAGAUAGUGAGACACACAAUCUAAAAAGGGAAACGGUGAAACAACAAUACAACUCGGUGAAGGAAAGGACGUCAAAUUUCAACAACUAUGCAUUAGGCUCUCAUGUGAUGCAAUAUGGUGAUACCAACAUUACAGAUGAAAAGCUUUAUUUAUACCAAGGUUUUAAUCCUGCAACGGUGAAUCUUCCUCCACUCAAUGGCAACCUAGAAACUAAAAUGGAAGUUGUAAACCAAAGAGAUGCAGAGAUUCUCUUCAUGUGGAAAAUGUAUGAGAGAUUAAGUCAUCAAACAGAAAAGAAGAAAGAGGUCCUCGAGAAGAUUGCGGAGACGGUGAAACAUAGGAAACAUUUAGAUGGUAGUGUGGAAUUGAUUGGAGUUUUAUUGUUUGGUCCAACAAAAGGUCCUUCAAUUCUACAAUCCGCGAGAAAACCUGGUCUUCCUCUUGUUGAUGAUUGGCAAUGCUUGAAAUCAAGGGUUCGUGUGUUUGAAAGUCAUUGUGGAUCAUUAACUCAAUAUGGCAUGAAACACAUGAGGGCAUUUGCAAACAUUUGCAACAAUGGUAUUUCUGAGGAAUCAAUGGAGGAGGCAUGUAUGGCAUCAUGUGGUGGGUAUAAUGUAGGGCUAUUGCAUCCAUCAAACAGAGGUUAUAGUGCUUGAUUUUUGUGUGCAACAGUUUCUUUCCAUAAUAUGAAAGAGUAAGCUGGGGUGCCUAAGUAAGGUAAGGUAGAAACUAUUGGGUGGGAAUUGAGGGGAAAAGCAAGCACAGUCCACUCAAUCCAGCAGCCCAAAGACAUGUGGAUAAUGUUAUUUGCAUUUGAGAGAGUGGUUAGUGUCUAGUGAUGAUGAGUGUUUUUGUAUUUGGUAGUGUAAAUAUAUUAGUGUGUGAUACUUUUCAAUAAAAUAAGACAUUAAUUAGGAUAUGCUCAUUCAGCUUAUGUUUGAUAUCAA